AUGUCGUGGAUUCUCACCGAGGAGUUUCUCCAUGGCCGAAUCAUCAAGCCAUUUCUUCCCUUUGAUAAACACCCCACAUUGAAGAACGACAAUUUCCGUAACUUGUAUCCUGGUGAUGAAGUAUUCGUGUUUGAAACGAAACAAAACAAAUGGGCUAGAGGUUAUUCCUUGACAAGACCGUUUCCUAGCGAUUUCACCAUAACUUCCGUCAAUUUGGACGAGUUGCCAGGCUUGAAUAGGCAAAUAGUCGUGUUUCCCUUGAAGUACAUGAAAGUCGUGGAGAAAGUCCCAUUGAAUAUGAUUAACGCUGAAGAUGAGUUCAAUAACGUUCACAGAAGUCUGAACUUGGCUCCCACCUUGAAAGAAACCGAGCAGUACGUCGCAACGGCUGUAAGUGACCCUGGGGUAAUUGCCAGCUCCAAUGGUUCAUCGAACGAGAGAAAGACCCAGCCGCCUCCAUUGCCCUUUGAGACCUUUACUUUUGCCAACGACUUGGUUGAGGAAAUCACCUACACUUUGAAUUUGCUCACGUCUCACAUUUAUGCCAUGUACUCGAUUGGCGAGUUUCGGCUUUUCACGAAGCUCACUGAGUUGUACGUGGAAUUGGACGAGACGAGAGUGAAAUUGACUCAUGGAGAUUUGACAAGAGACGAGGUGCAGAUCACCGAGGAAACUGCAAGUCAGCUUUUGAGCACCAUUCCUAAACUGCUUGCUUCUAAGGCCUCUAGGCUCAACGACAAGUCCUACGACUUGGAGAAUAGGAAUACUGAUGUUAAUGGAUAUAAAGCAAUUUUGGCAAGAGAUGCGUUCAACGGAGACUUGUUGUCGUUGAAGAACUCUACUCCUGCGCUCAUGGCUCUUUACCAGCAGUAUUGCGCUUUGCUUCCCAAAUUCCCCAUCAACGCUCACAACAAACGAGAGGAUUAUCUUCUUGAUUCGUUGCCCAAUAAAAAGCUUACUCAUGGCUCGCCUUCGCACAUUCUCGUCGACUUCAAGUCGGUCAGUGGAUCUUCUCAGUAUCAGCCCCCAGGUUUUGCAGGCAUGAUAGCCUACAUGUACGUGAGAAACACCCAGAGAAGGUUAACCGAGGCGUUUGCUGUUCACACAGAUACCGUGGAUGAGUUAGUGUUUGUGGAGAAGAUCAGUGCUGCGUUGUUUAGGAACAUUCCUGCUAGUGAAGUUGAAAACCAUAGAGUCUACUUGGUAGCUGUCUUGGUCGAGCAGCUUGACUUGCCCCAGAAAGAAGGGGGAGCCGUGAAGAUCGAGCGAAUCAAUAAGGGUGUCGCUGCCGGCGUUACUGAUAUCACUAGAGUCUUUUCAAGAAAUCUGGGCUCCUUGGCGUCUGGCGAGUCUCAUCAAUUUGCCAUCAACUUGUUUGGCUCCUAUGUAUCCAACAAGAGUCUGUCAGUGGACUCUUCAAAGAUUGAUAACAAUGGAUGGGGUGAGCUCAUUGAUCGUAUUAUCAAAGGUUCCAACCACGGCGUUGCAGUCAACCCUAGAGCUGAAAAGUUAGUGGUAUCUGUGAAGGAGUUUAGACACCAGCUUGUUGGCGAUAGUGCUGAGACUGAGUCCCUCGACAUUAGAAGCAAUGAUGCCUCUAUGAAGACAGCGCCCAUUGCUAAGAUCAAACCAAUUUUUUACGAUCCUCUUGCCGAAAACUACGAAAGAAUUUACCUUAAAAUGGGUAAGGUGAGUAUGCUGUAUCCUACUAACAAGAACGAUUUGUUGACAUUUGAGGUCAGCGCUCCGAAUAAUGAUUCCAUCUCUUUCGCUAAGGCAUCGAAUCAGAUUGAAAAGCCCAAGUGGCAGUUUGUUUCUGUCACAACAAACGAGGUGAUCGGUGAGAUCGUGAAAGUGAAUGGGAUUUCUCUCAAGGGGCAUGGCCGCAAACCACCAAAGCAGGAUUCACUCCAUCUUUCGAUGUAUGUAAAUGGAGUUAUUGCCGGUGAAGCUGACAUAUUGUACAAAUCAGGCAAUCGCUUAGUUGAGUUCAAUAAGCCUGAGAGCCAGGUUAUUGAUGUCAUCUCUGUCUCUUCGAAGAAGACUAUUGCUCAAGUCGACAUCCACACAACGUACAUUGGGAAAAUCUUCAACAGCGAGAUUGCAAUUGACAACUUGUUACAGAACAAUCGUUUCUUCGUUGGCACUCAGGCUGGCUUGGACGAUCUUACGCAAACUUUGCUUGACUUCUGCAAAUUGGACAUUGCUUCUUUGGUGAAAUUCUUCGCAGAGUCCUUGACACGUAUCUUUGAGAUUAUCCACAGAUCCUUGACUGCUACUGACGGACUCAACUACUCGAAUGUGAUGGCGACUGCGUUUAAGGCAUUGGUACACUUGCUUGAUACUAAUUUCGGCAAACGAGACCAAUAUGUGUUCAUGUUCGACACCUAUCUCAAGGAAUACAAAAAGGACCCCGCGAUCGGCCUCUUCAUUUUAGAAAGGAUGGCGGAGGUUUUUAGUCAGGUGGAGACAAACUGGAACGCAAUGUCGAGGUCAGUUUGCCGUGUUCUUGUUUUGUUGACCAAGUUGGCCCUUGAUCCAGUCACUGAAGUAAAGGAUAAGUCUCCUUACUUGGAGAAGUUGAGUGAUUUAUAUACCAGCGCCUCACACUUCUUAAAAUUGCAAGCUGCAGCGCUUAUAAACGAUCAAAUUUUGGUCAUGGAGCUAGUUGACUUUGUCAUGGCAUUUGAGUCGCAGUUUCCUGAUGGGAAGCUAUUGAGCAUUGUCAUAAACUUCAUUGACUCAAUCAGUUUUAGAGGUGUUGGUGUUGACGACGAAGAUGUCGUGGCGAAGAAAACGACUGCUGCUCUCAAAGAACACCGCUUUGUCAUCACCAAGUUGCUAGUAAUCUACAGACUCUUUAGCAGCAAAGCACCACGGAAUAUCAAGCAGAUCAAUCUUUUGGUCUCUCGAGCAGUUUAUUGGUGUAUGGAAAUCUUCAUGGGUCCUGUGGAUAUUCAUGUCUCUAGGUUCGCUUGUUCGAUCUUAAAUUGUGUCUGUGAUUUAAUCUACAGAAACCUCGACAUGACUGAGGUUAGAAAGAUUGCAUUGACUUUGAGCAAGUUCAUCUUCCCAAUGUCAAGAACGCUCAUUCGCUACAAUAAGUUUACAAGAGGUCAUGACUACUUCAAACCGAAAAAAGCUUUCACGACCUUGUUCCCCAAUAGUUAUCCUUUCAAGGAGAUAUUCCUCGAUGCAAUCGUAUCUGAAGAAGUCAUUGUUGAAGUUCUUGUUGAGUUGACAGCAAUUAUAUGUUACAUCUGCCAGAUUAAGAAGAAAGUUUCAGAGGACGAGCGCACUAAUCAGGUUCUCAAUUUGGAGGACGAUUCCUUCUUCGACUCCUCAAAAUAUAUGUCCUCCAAUGGGUGGAAUGAGAACAUAUUGACAGUUUUGCACGCUCUUUCGUUGAUGAGACAAGGUAGAUUCUUCCCGGAGGACAAAUGGCUUUCAUUCAGUGGUAUCAUUGCGGAGAGUAGCUUGCUGUGCUUGGAGAUGCUCAAGCCAUUCUUAUUAUCCACUGCUAUCCCUCACCAGGAACAACCUGAAUUGUUCGAUAGAUCUAUUUGGGGCACCUAUCUCAAAUCAUUGCUCAAACUCGCUGCCUUGCCGCCAGUCUCUAUCGAGCAUUUGUCCACAAUUCCAAGAAAGGCUUGUUACAGCAUCACAGGUGAAAUGAGAGACAAGAUCGCAGACAUCAUCAAUGAAGUCUGGGAUGCUUUGGCCUGGAAUGCAACCGACGGUGACGUUGUAAGGUUCAAUCUUACUAAAUUUGGAGGCUAUCAGGUGGAGUUCAUCAACAGCGAAUACGGCAUUUUGCAAGACUUAAUGCUUUUCGCCUUGCAGAGAAACCAGUCCUGUCAAAUAGUUAGUAUCAAGAUCUUGUGGUCAAUAUUAGUUUCAGAGCACGUCUUGAGUAACACUAUCGUUGACGUGGAAAAGGAGUGCUUGACUGGCUUGUACAACAUUUACACCAGAAAUGGGUACAAGCCGGGUUUACCAGAGCAGAACUACUUUAUUGAACGUAUGAAAGCAACAAUUCGUUUGGACAGAGAGGAUGUUGCCUAUCCUUAUAUUGUCAAAUUCGUUUCCAAUAUUGAGGGAUUCUUGGAUGUACUCAACGACUUGAACAGUGUCCCUGUGGGAAUCGAAUUCGAGGAUGAUCGGACAUUCCAUAAGUUGAACAUCAACGCUUACUUGAAGCAGGCAAGUAGGCCUGAAUUAUUCCACUCUUUCAUCAAUCAAAUGUAUGAGGAGAAUCUCAAGAAGAAGGAUUAUGUGCAAGCGGCGUUGAGUUUGGAGCUCUUAGCCUCCACGUAUGAGUGGGAUCACUACCUGAUUCAACCAGCGUCAUAUAGACCGAAGUUUCCUGAACAGUCGUCAUUUGAGAGAAAGGAGCAUUUGACUAAGUUGAUUGCUCACAACUAUGUGAAAGGCAAUAGUUUGGAGAGAGCCAUUGAUGUUUACAACGAUUUACUUGAUGCAUACAGUGAGCACACGUAUGAUUUGAAGAGUUUUGCACUUGUUCACAAUAAAUUAGCAAAACUAUACUUAGACUUGGAGUCUUCAGACAAGUUGAGUCCAUCGUAUUUCAGGGUGGCCUACAUUGGUGCUGGUUUCCCUGCAAAUAUUCGUGGCAAAGAGCAAAUCAUUGAAGGCCAGCCUUUCGAGCACAUUACCUCUGUUCACGAGAGAAUGUUGAAAAGAUAUCCUGGAGCCAGAAUCAUCACUGAUGACGAACAAGCUCGGGAAAUCAAGGAGAAGAAUCACACCGGAAGGUAUUUGCAUAUCAAUGCCGUGGAGCCAGUGUAUGAAAUCUCUGACAAAUUGUUCAACACCUCCAUUGGUGUCAGACAGUAUGUGAAGAACAAGGACUUGAGAUUCUUCUCGUCUCUAAGAAGAGUUGGCAACGCAAAGUCAGUUUUCGACUUGUGGACUGAAGAAGUCACUUAUGAGACAACCCUUUCGUUCCCAACCUUGAUGAAUAGAAGUGACAUCAAGAGUUCAUCUGUGGUGAAAUUGUCUCCCUUGGACAACGCCAUCAGAUCCAUUAUGAACAAGAAUGAUGACUUGCUGCAGUUGGAGAGCAUGAUUAACAUUGCAGUUAAAGAAAAGGUUGACUUCAAGUCGCUCUUGAGUGACUUGAGUAGACACUUGGCUGGUACGGUUGACUCCCCGGUGAAUGGAGGUGUUGGCCAGUACAGAGGGUUCUUCACUGAUUCAAGGUAUGCUGGGAAGCUGGAACAUGCAGAGAACAUGAGGUUGUUGAGGAAUGCAUUUAACGACUUAACCAUGGUGUUGAGCAGGUGCUUACACCUUCACGGUGUCCUCAUUCUUCCAUCGAUGAAAACCUCACAGAAUGUCUUAGUGGAGUCCUUCAAAUUGAAUUUCAAGGAUGAGAUCGCAGAGUUGAAGAUUGACACAAAUUACGACGGAAGAAAUUACGAAUUCAACAGCAAUACUCACACCAAAGAUCGUCAGAUGCCUGAGAGACCAAGCAGUCUGUCUGCUUAUGGAGCCAGUUUGCAAAGAUCUGUCAGUAGGCUGUCUUCGGCUGCUUCAAGCUCCACAGAUCCUAGUCUCCAGAACAGUUACAGCUCGAGUCAUGGUGGUUCACAGACCGGACAAAAGAGAACUGCGCUCAACUGGAGAAACGUUGCGCGUUAA